UGGUGAAUAGUUUUGACCGUUUAAAAAAAGUCUAUAAAGAAUAAUUGUAUAUAAAAAUUCAGUUAAGUGCAUUUAAAACUUUUAUUUAUCAGUCUAUUAUGAUGAAAUACUAAACAAAUAAUUAUUUUAUUAAUAUUCAAAAGAUUUUUGUUUAUUUAAAAAGAAAAUAAAGCAAUUUUAAAUAAGCCUUUAUUUUGAUGCCCAAAAUAUUACAACUCAGAGGAGUUUUAUUUAACCUCAAAUUUAAUUAAGGGAAAAAAAGUUACCAUACAAAUUUUCAAUUAUGAUUGAUGAAAUUAAAAAAUCAUUUGCUUCAAAAUUUAUUAAUUUUUUGAAACAACAAAUACAAGAGCAAACUUUGCCUUCUGAUGGAUUAGAAAGUCUUGAAGUUGCAAUACAGUGCCUGGAAGCAGCUUUUGAACUUCAUCCGGAUGAUCAAAUUGAAGAUGAAAAUGCAGAAAAUAAUACAGCAACAUCAACAUCAAAUAAUAAAAAAUUUAAUCCAAUUGAUCUUUUCGAAUUAUAUCAAACUGCAUGUUUGGAAACAAGUCCUAAUCGUGGGGAAAUAGCAGAACAAAUUAAAGAUAAUGGAAAUCGUUUGAUGAAAGAGGGUAAAUUCCAAGAAGCAUUUCUUCAAUAUAAUAGAGCAAUCACUUACGAUCCAACAAAUCCAGUGUUUUACAGUAACAGAGCUGCAGCAUUUAUCAGAUUAGGUCAAUAUGAUAAAGCAAUUGGUGAUUGCAAAAUGGCAUUAGUUUAUAAUCCAGAUUAUGGAAAAGCAUAUGGAAGAAUGGGUAUCGCCUAUUCAAAUCUUAAUAAAUUCGAAGAAGCUCGUGCUGCUUAUCAAAAAGCAUUGGAAUUGGAACCAGAUAACCAAGAUUAUCAAAAUAAUUUACGUGUGGCCGAAGAACGUAUUACUGCUAAUACAGCCACAAAUCCAUCGAUAACAAAUAUACAAUCAUUUUUAUCAUCAGUUCAAGCAUCAGAGGGCGGGGAAAAUAAUUUUGAAAACAUGUUUUCAAAUCCAGCUAAUUUAACUAAUUUGUUCGGAGAUAUGUUGAGAGAUCCAGUAAUAACAUCUGCAUUACAUUCACUGGCUGAUAAUCCUCAAGGAAUAUUGGACAUGAGUCGUCAAGUUGCGGCGGCCAUAAGCGCAGAAAAUCCAAAUUUAAUGAGAGACGUUCAAGAUACAUUAAUGAAUGCUCUGCGUAGAAAUAGAAACAACGAAACUAUUGAAAAUAAUGCCAAUCAGUCAAAUGAUACGAGUAAUAAUGAAAAACGAAAUAAUGAAGGUAAAUAGAUAUCUUGAAUGAAAGAAACUACAAAAAACAUUAAAGUAAAGCAUUAAAGAUUUUGGAAAAACAAAUAAUCUAAUUUUGUAAACGCAAUAUUCGAAAUGUAUUCAAUAAAAAUGUUAUUAUAUACAUAUAUUAACAUAUAUAUAUACUUAUAUCAUAUAUAUAUAUAUAUACAUAUUUACAUAAUACACAUAUAUACACAUAUAUCUUAUAAUACACAUAUAUGUACAUUAUAUUUUUAAUUAUUAUAUAUAUAUAUAUUUAUAUAUAUAUAUGUGUAUGUUUAUACAUAUAUAUAUAUAUGGAAACCUUUUUAUUUUAAAUUAACUUUUGAUGAAAAAUUUUUCAAGGCUUUUACCAAAUGUAAAGCAAACCCAGAGCUUGAUUUGUUUUUGGUUCUUUUUAAAAGUCAAAUUAGAUUUUGAAUAUGAUUUUUAUUGCAAUAUUACAAAUAUUUUUAUAUGUGUAUCUUAUAUUUUAAAAUUUUUGAGGAACUGGUUUUUCCUAAUGGUUUUUAUAGCAAAAGCAAUUUUUUCUUAUUGUUCAAUAUUUUAAAAAGUAUACAUACAUAUUUAAAGAAUCAAUCAAAGUAUGUCUAUAUUUCUUUAAUUGUACAGAUUAUAUUUUAAAACAAGAAAUGUGGGAAGUGGAAAUAUUUAUUUAAUUUAGAACAAAAUGUUUUUAUAAUAGUGUUAAGUUAAAAUCUUUGAAAUUAAAUUCAAAAUACAGAAUAUUGGAACUUAUAAGUAUUUAAAAUAGAAUAUCAAUGGUGGUUUUUAUAUACAUUAUCUUUUGAAGACGUCUUCUUUUUGUGGACAAGACAAAAGAAUAAUAAAAAUUUUAUUUCUUUUUCUAUUACUCAUUUUAGUUGUUUGGUGCAAAAUGUAAAAAAAUAAAAUAAAAUCAUUUAAGUAUAUUUUUUAUCUUUUAUAAAAUUAAGUAAAAAAUAUACUUAAAUAAUAUUUACGCACAGAAUACUUAUAUUUCAUUAAUGAAAUAAAAUUAAAUAGUAGAUUUAAUUACAAAAGUAGCUGUAUGUAAAACCAUUAAUGCAGAUGUUUACUGUUAUAAUAACUUUGAAGAAAUAUUCUGUAUUCUUUUAAUGAUCAUUUUAGAAACCCACUUCCAAAUCUACAAUGCGAGUUUUUACACCCACAUUAUCAGAUAUAUAAUUUACUGGCUUUACCAGAAUAUUACUGAUGUUGCGUUUUAAGAUUGUUAUUUACUUAGAUUAUUUUGAGUUUUUAUGUUUUCAUCAUCAAAAAAAAUAAAAAUAAAAAUGUAAAAUUAAGUUAAAAAUGUAAUUAGUUAGUUUUUAAGCUAAAAUUAUGAAAUUGCAAGAUUAAAUAAAACUUCUUUUUAUGUCUAGGAUA